UUAUUUAAAUUUUUCAAGUGUCUUUUCUGCAUAUGGUUGGAAAAACAGUGCGCCACUUUACGCACAUGGGCUCUCGACAAUUUAAUUCAGUCAGCAAAUAAAAUACAUUACGAUAAGAAAUGGCAGAAAGGGUGGAAGGGAAAAAUGAUGAAGGUCUAAAGGAUAAUGAAAGUGUUGGGUGGGCAGAAGAAAACCUGGACAGUUUUGGAGAAUACUGUUUUGAAACUGACCAGCUAGCUUUAAAGGGAAAUGCAGAUUAUCAAGCAUUGCUAAGAACAUUAGCAGUGCUUGAAGGGCAGCGAAUGAUUGCUGUGCAGAACAUGGAAAAAAUAAUACCUCUGAAGAAAGAAGCCCUGGAAUCACCUUUAGCAUUUAUUGAAAAACUACAGAGAGGUGAGAACAUGGAUUUCCCCCAACCUCAAGUCAUUGCAGAGAUUCCAGAAAUAAAUUGGUCAAAAUAUGGGGUAGUUAUACCUGAGAAUCUUGAAGAAAAGGCUACAGAAAAUCAAAAGCCUUUGUCUACUAACAACAGUGAUAGUGAAACCUCCAAAGAUGCAGAAAGAGGCAAAGAUGGAAAACUGUUGGUACGAGGAAGAGAGUUCAAUCAGAAAAAACCAGAAACUUUCAAUCAGCUUUGGACUCCUGAAGAGCAGAAACGGCUGGAAGAGUUGCUUGUUAUAUAUCCACCAGAACAAGUAGAGAUGGAGCGAUUUAGAAAGAUUGCUAGAGCCCUCGGAAAUAGGACACCUCUUCAAGUACAAAGUAGAGUUCAAAAAUAUUUUAUAAAGCUCCAGAAAGCAGGACUUCCAGUUCCUGGAAGAACUUACAAUUUCACUCAGUAUAGCAACAAUCGCAAAUCUGGUCAUCGACAUCAAAGGAACAAUAGAUUUCUCUUUCCAUCCUCAACCUUUUUCGCAUCAGCUACCCCACCGGUCUACAUGAAUGACUUGGACGAUAGCUCUGAAUUAUUUAAUGAGCCUAGUCCAGCACCGAAACAUGAAGAUAUUCAAGUCUCUGACGAAGAUGUUCCGGAUUCGUUGAAAAUGUCUGAAGGAUAUAGUGAACUCAUGUGGCUGAAGUUAAUGAAACGGAUCAAGUCUAAGCAAAACCAUCUUGGUAUGAUGAUUCAUUAUGGUUAUCGUUGCGAUCAUUGUGGCCUUGAUCCAAUUUCGGGCACCCGUUGGCACUGCUUUCUGUGCCCCUCAAACGUUUCAACUGAUCUGUGUGAAAAGUGUGCCUUCCAAUUAGCUUCUAAAGGUGGCUAUCAUCAACCUAAUCACAAAAUGACUCCUAUACUUAAAUCAGAACCGCUACCUCGUCAAGGACCCAGCUAUCUGCAACCAAAUUUCAUGACGGAAAAUUGAAAAAAUAUAUCGAACGUAUUUGUUGUAAAUUUUUCAUGUAAUUAAUGUGAUACAUGUAUUUUGC